CGCGCUCAGUUGGUUUGGACGUGUUCGCGGAGCUCUUAUCCAAGCCUCUCUUUAGCCACGAACAGAGUACAAGGCCCAGAGAGCACAAGAAGUAUAAACAAACAAAAGCAGCUCGCUCAGUGGUGGCUAUGAAAAUGAUCGGCAGCGAUUACGUACUGGAAGCACACAACAUUUUCCACACCACCGAGGUCGAUGGUGGUGGCUGUUUUAAUGGAGCCGGCAAUUCGGCCCUGGUGCUCAAAGGCGUAAAUCUCACCGUGCACAGUGGCGAGGUUAUGGCCAUUCUUGGAUCGAAGGGAAGUGGCAAAAGAGCUCUUCUCGACGUAAUCUCAAGACGAGCUGAUGGAGCCACUCGAGGUCAAGUGCUCCUCAAUGGAUCUCCCCUUUCGAAGGCUUUGUUCCAACAGCGUUGUGGUUAUGUCACCCAAUCCUGCACCUUUGUUCCUGGACUCACGGUGGCCCAGACUCUACACUACACUCCCACCAUUUUAAGUGGUUAUCUAAAGAGCUCCAAGGUGCGUCAAGUGUUGGCUGACUUGGCCCUUUCACAAGUGGCCCACAAGCGCGUGGAGUAUCUCAAUAUCAGCGAGGCACGUCGUCUGGCUAUUGGUAUCCAAUUGGUCAGGGAUCCUGUGAUGUUAUUGCUGGAUGAGCCCACACACGGAUUGGAUCCCUUGAGUGCCUAUCUGUUGAUAUCCAUUCUGUCCAACACGGCCAAGAAAACAGGAUGUGGAAUUCUACUUUCGCUGGAGAAGCCGCGCUCCGAUGUGUUUCCUUUCUUGGAUAGAGCACUGUUCCUCUGCCUCGGUGGAGUGGUUUAUUCCGGAGGCACUCGAGCCAUGUUGGAGUACUUCCACGGCAUUGGAUUUCCAUGUCCCCAGCUGGAGAAUCCUCUGAUGUACUAUCUCUGUUUGUCCACCGUGGACCGUCGUAGUCGGGAUCGGUUUUUGGAGUCGAGCCAGCAAAUCGAAGCUUUGGUGGAGAGAUUCUCAAGAGAAACUCCCAUUUCGGAUGCGCCGUUAAAUAAUAUGGGAUCUGGCAAAGUGCCUCUGGCAUAUGGUAAGCCUGGAGAACUGAAAGUGUGGGUUAUGCUAUAUCUAAAACUACUAGCAUCAACCUUCUCUUGUGGACUCGUGGGAAUGAAAACACUAUUCCUUCGCAUGCUGCUACUUCCUUUGGCAAUGAGUAUCCUUUGGGCCUUUUACACAGAUGUUGGAGAUGAUGCCCAUGGUUUCUUCACCAAGAACGGGAUGAUCCUUAAUAUUCUGGGUUUGUCUUACGGCUGCGGUAUCCUGACCACCAUAUCCCUAUUUCCCAUAUGGCGUAAAAAGUUUUCACAGGACACCCCAGAAGGACUUUAUUCUGGCACUACUCUUCUGAUUGCCUACAACUCGGUUUCUAUUCCCUUUUCCGCAGUAUCUGCCGUGAUUGCCAGCUGUGUUAUUUACCCUCUUCUGUUGGAUACAAAGUACAACAAUGGCCUUGUCUUUGGCUAUUUGCUGGUGGCCCUCUGGUCUAGUUUUGUACUCGCCGAACAGCUGACGAUUGCCUUCCUUUUGGUGGUCAAGGUUCCUUUCAAUGCAGCCAUUGCAGUUACCUAUGUUUUAGUCAUCAGUAUUGCAUUGGCCAGUGGUACAGUGCGUUCCUUCAAAGGACUCCAGCCCUGGUUGCAGGAUAAUACCAAGGGAACACACACACGAUAUGCAUCUUCCCUGCUGCACAGCAUCGCUUUUCAGUCGCGGAAACUCAACUGCACUCCCACCGCAUCCGUGAUUUGUCCCAAGGCAGCUGAUUUUAUGCACGAGCGUUUGGGAUUACCAGAUCCUGAUGAAACCAUCGAUGUAGCAGCCUCUUGUGCAUUUGCUGUGGGUUUGGCAGCCUUCAACAUGCUAGUUUACCUAUUUCCCAUGCCGCGAUGUGUUCGUCAGAAGUUUAAGGACUGAGGAUUGUCAAUUUUGCAAUGCAAUAUUUAAACUAUAGUUCUUCUAGAUUUUAUUUUAAUUUAAUAAAAAGAAUCUCUGAAACUCAUUAA